AUGAUAUUCGACAACCUAUGGCUCUCUGUAGCACUACUACCAGCCGUCCUGGCAGCCCAGCCUUCGGCUCCUGAGCCAGUAGAAGCUCCCUUACGAAAGCUUCCUUGGGGUCAAUUGAACUUCUUGGCGACAACAGAUACACAUGGCUGGCAUGGCGGCCACCUGCAGGAGCCUCAAUACUCUGCUGAUUGGGGCGAUUACAUCUCUUUUGCUCAUCACCUUCGCCAGAAAGCCCAUGACGACGGCAGUGACCUUCUCCUCGUAGAUACCGGCGACCGAGUAGAGGGCAACGGUCUUUACGACGCCUCAAGUCCCAAGGGACACUACACCUUUGACAUUUUCAAACAUCAAAACAUAGACAUCAUUACAUCGGGCAACCAUGAACUCUAUAAGAAGAACUCGUCCGAUAACGAAUACUAUCACACUGUACCAAACUUCAAGGAGGCCUACAUCGCUUCCAACCUCGACAUCUACAACCCAGAAACUGGAAAGCUGCAGCCUCUCGCCCAAAGAUUCAGAAAGUUUACCACGAAGAACCAGGGCAUCAGGAUCAUGGCCUUUGGCUUCCUCUUUAAUUUCCAAGGUAAUGCAAACAAUACUGUCGUUCAGCGAGUACAAGAUACCAUCAAGGAGAAGUGGUUCCAAGACGCCAUUCGUGACAAGGAUAUCGAUCUCUUCGUUGUUGCUGGACAUGUCCCUGUCUCGGACUCGAGCGAGUCUGAUGCCAUCUUCAAGGCCAUUCGUGAUGUAACAUGGGACACCCCCAUUGCUUUCUUCGGCGGUCACACUCAUAUCAGAGAUUAUCACAAAUUUGACAAGAUCGCAUAUGGUCUUGAGAGUGGCCGCUACAUGGAGACUCUUGGCUUCAUGUCUAUCUCCGGUCUUGGUCACCAUGCUAACAAUUCUGAUAUCGCUCCUCUUGCAACUCCCGAGUUCAAGCGUCGCUACAUCGACAACAAUCUUUACUCGCUAUAUCGCCACUCUGGCAAGAACGAGACUACUUUCUCUACCGAGGCCGGUCGCAAGGUAUCUGCAUCCAUCUCGGCUGCCAGAAAACACCUCAAUCUCGACCACACAUAUGGUUGUGCACCUAGAGAUUACUGGCUCAACCGAGCUCCGUACCCUCACGAAUCCAGCAUCUUGACGUGGCUUGAGAAUGAGGUCCUGCCAGACACGGCCCGAAACUUGACAAAGUCUCCUCAACUCAUCAUCACCAACACUGGCGCCAUGCGCUUUGACAUUUUCGAAGGUCCCUUCACCAUCGAUACCACAUUCCUCGUCUCCCCGUUCACGAGCGGCUUCCACAGACUCAAGAAUGUACCUUACAAAGCGGCAAAGCAACUGCUACAAUUACUCAACAACGAGGGCAAGAUCCUUCUUUCAGAGAUGAUGGUCAUGAGCGCCGUCCACAGAGACCUGGGCAAAUUCGCUCCUCGCCAUCUCUGGGAACUUGCACCUCCCAAACCGCCUGUGUCUCAAUGGGCGCAACAGCAGAUAGAAAACGACGAAGACAUCGACGAGACACUCAGGCGCGAGUUUGGUCAGGAAGUCAUGAAAGCUGCCGGACGCGGUAAACAUGACACCCCACUCGUACCUGGCUACACCACCGUCGACGAUGCAGGUAAAGACGGCGAUGACACGAUUCAUGCACCCAUCCGCUUCUACGAUGUUCCCAAUUGCAUACAAGCAGAAGUGAACUUGCCAUCUGACAAGAAAGAUCUUGAAACUGUGGAUAUUGUAUACAAUGAAUUCAUUGAGCGAUGGAUUCUUUUGGCUCUGAGAUUCCUGGGCGAAGAUUAUGGAGACAAGGAUGUAGAGGCCACAUUUGAUGGUAUGAGUUUUACGGAUGUGUUGUCCGAGUGGGUGCAUAAGAAUUGGGCAUGUUAA